AUGGUGAAUAUAUGUGCAAUGAAACGAAAUUUUUCUAAUAGAAAGUACGAGAGAAGAACUUUACAUUUUACGGCUGAGUCUACUUCUUCUGAAGAGGAAAUUACUAAUAGUAGUUCUCAGUCCGACUGUAGCAAUACAGAUGAUAAUGUUAAUGAUGGUAGUUUUACCCAAGAGACAGAAGAAAUUGUAUCUAUAGUAUCUGAGGAAGAAAAUCAAAUUCUAGUAUCUGAGGAAGAAUCGAGUGCUUCCAUUUCUAAUCCAUUUGAAUGUUUUUUAUUGGAUUCAAUUGUUAACAAAAAGUUUAUGUUUUUAACCUUGUUGUAUUUAAUGAUUAGCAAUUCAUUUACUGAAAUCGCAUUUGAUAGAUUUUUGAAGACUUUGCUGAUUUUUCGCUGUAUAAAUGACAUGCCGUCAUCUCAUAAAAUGAUUCGUAGAUUUGUUACUAAAAAUAUAUUCUCCCAUACUGAACCAACGCAUAAAUAUUAUUGUCAUAAUUGCUGCACAGCUUUAGUUGACACGUGUAAAAUAAAUACUCAUUGUUCAUCCCAUAUCUUUAUAUUGGAUAUCAUUAGCCAAAUGAAACUUGUUUUAUUUCUGAAUUUGGAUGCAAUUAAAUCAUAUCAAUUGGAAAUUAUGUCAGGUAAAAGAAAGAGUGAUUUUAUUUCUAGACCAAAUUUUGUUGAAAAUAUGAAGUCUGCAAAUGUUUUACAUAUUCAUUUAUUGAUGUCAACAGAUGGUGGAGAACCAUACACAAAAAAAAAGAUUACAAUGUGGCCAUUUCAUGCUAUUAUUUUAGAUUUACCAUCUUAUAAACGAUUCCUAUUUGAAAAUACACUACUUCUUGGUUUAUGGUUCUCAUUAUUAAAACCUAAUUGGAAUGCUUAUUUAAAGGAGUACAUCAAUAGAAAACUGUUUGAAACACCCCUUGAAAUUAACAAUAUCCAAGUAGUUAUUCAUAUUGUUGGUUUUGUUUUCGAUUUGCCUGCAGUGGCUUCAAUCAUCAAUCAUAAGCAGUAUAAUAGUGAAUUUGGAUGUCACUAUUGCGAACAUCCUGGUAGAACAAUUGAAAGAAAACAUGGUUCCGCUAGAAUUUAUUCACAUUCAGAUACAAAUUAUAAUCUUAAAACAUCUGAAAUGUAUGCCAUAUAUGCUAGAUUAGCCGAAAAAUCAAAAGUAUCUGUAUUUGGAAUUAAAGGCUCAAACAUCUUUAGUGACAUUUCAUUUAUUAAAGUGCCAGAUAUGAUACUUAUUGAUGUGUUACAUUUGUUUUACGAAAAUUGCUCAAAAAAGCUUUUAGUUUGUUUAUUUUCUGUUACCAAUAAACACGAAUCAUUUUUUAUUGGUAGUGCAAAAUUAAAUGCUAUGGAAAUCUUACUUGCUGAUCAAAAAAUGCCACAUAACAUGCCCAAGCCAUUAACUAUUAAAUCAUUCACACAUUGGAAAGGCCAUGACUUUAAAAACUUUAUUUUAUACUUAGCAGUUCCAUAUUUUUUACCAUAUUUGAAUCCUGACUGCAUGAUGAUGAUUUAUUCUCUAGUAAUUGGUAUGCGUUUGUGUAGCAGUGAAAUAUGUUUAGAUAAGGUGUUGCUUAUUAGUCAGCUGUUUAACUUUUAUCAAAAAUCAUUGUCUGAGUUGCUUCCUUUAUAUAUAAAUACUAUAAUUGUUCAUUUGCUUGGUCAUGUUAGCGAUAUUAUUAAAAUGCAUGGAAGUGUUACAAAUUACUCAAUGCUUUGUUUUGAAGCUCGGCUAAGUAAUUAUAAAAAAAUGAUGAAGGGAACACAUGGUCAUCCACAACAGAUUGUACAAAAAUUUCUUGACUUCAAAACAGCUUCUUGUUUUUUUGCAAACAACAGAUCAUCCUAAAAAAGUUGAAGUUUGUAAAGCAUUAAAUAUUGGCAUUAUUGAACAAGAAGAAUUGCAGUUGUUAAUUCCGGGCAGAUUGUUAAAACAUG